GGGUCGUGUUUUCCGAUAUGCCCCAGAUCCUGCCGACUGUCAGUACCAGAGCUCCUUUAAAAGUGCUUGAUGAAAAAACAAAAAAUGUCGGACAAGAAAGAGAAAGAACUUCAGAAGAGUCCGGCGAUAGUUCGUAUAUCUGAGGAUGAGAUUAAAACUAUUGCUGAGGAUCUUAGACUGAAACUCACUACAGAGGAAACCAGCGCCUUAUAUGAUUUCUGUGGAGAUGUCUGCAAGGACUAUCAAAGGGUUUAUGAAAUUGUCUCCCCAACCCCUACUGUCAAAUACCCAAGGACCCCUGGGUACAGGGAAACCAAAGACGAUUCGUGGUAUUACCGAUGUGACAUUAAAGGGGCCGAGAAGGGACUGUUAGCGGGAAAAACUGUAGCAAUCAAAGACAAUGUGUGUGUGGCAGGGGUUCCCAUGAUGAACGGAAGUAAAAUACUGGAAGGGUUUGUACCCGACAGAGAUGCUACAAUUGUGACAAGGAUACUGGAUGCAGGUGGUAGAAUUCUGGGUAAGUCAGUGUGUGAAGAUCUGUGUUUCUCUGGCAAUAGUGCUACAUCAGCGACUGGACCAGUUAAAAACCCGUACGAUCCAACGAGGUGCGCGGGCGGAUCUAGUUCUGGAUCAGCAUCCUUGGUGGCAAGAAAGGUGGUUGAUGUGGCGAUUGGUGGGGACCAGGGCGGAUCUAUUCGCAUUCCAUCAGGUUGGUGUGGAAUUGUAGGAUUAAAACCCACCCAUGGGUUGGUGCCAUAUACCGGGAUAAUGCCGAUAGAAAUCACUAUUGACCACACGGGACCAAUGGCUAGGACAGUGGAGGACUGCGCUACACUGUUAGAGGUGAUUGCUGGUUAUGACGAUGGCAAUGACCCACGCCAGAUCCCUGCAGUACCAACUCCUCCCUAUUCUAAACUGUUCAGCGAUAGAAUAAAGGGAAAGAAGAUAGCAAUUCUAACGGAAGGUUUUGAAGAGGUAGAAGAAGAUGUGGCGAAGAUUGUAAAGGAAGCAGCUUAUAGACUGAAGGAGGCUGGGGCUGAAGUCACAGAAGUGUCCCUCCCGAUUCACAAAGAUGGGAAAGCAGUCUGGACACCUGUUGCUUUUGAGGGGACAUAUCACACGAUGGUGAAAGGAAACGGUCAUGGAUAUAGCUGGAAAGGAACCUACGACCUCUCAUUACAGGAAGCUUUGGCUGGAGCUUAUAAUCUCCGCCCGUUUGACUGCCCCCUACCGGUCAAAGCAGUCAUGCUGUUUUCCGAAUAUAUGCAGAGGAAUUAUCAGAACAAAUUUUAUGCCAAGGCACAGAACUUGGUCCAACUUUUGACAAUGGAGUAUAACCGAAUCCUUAAGGAUUAUGACGUCAUGAUAAUGCCCACACUUCCGGGGAAGCCGUUUAAACUCCCUACUAUAGAGAACUCUAUUCAAGAGACAUUGAAAUUACUGUCAGAAAUGGUGAAAAACACAGCCCCAUUCAAUUCAACUGGACACCCUGCCCUCACCAUUAACGCGGGAUUUACUGAGGGGCUACCCUGUGGGAUGAUGAUCGUGGGGAAAAUGUUCGAUGAAACCACAGUUCUACAGGUCGCCAGAGCCUACGAGAAAAUUCGAGAUGGGACAUAAUUUUGAGCGAAGUGAUGCACAGAUGCAAAAAUUGUUCAAAGUUUCGUGUCAUCGUUAUGGAUUUUUUGUUUAUUAUAAGAUAUGUAUAGAUGAAUAUUCAAGAUGUAUCUUAGCUGUUCAGUACAUUUUUAAUUUCAACUCUUCAAAUACAACUUUGGGUUAAUUCUUGUAUAGGAUACACAUAAUACAUGUACAAUACAUUGUAUAUGAAAUUGAAAAAAAAAUUGAAAUGCCUUAGUUCUCUUAUUUUUAAUAACUGAAUUGACGUGUGUAAUUCUGUUUAAAUGAAGACCAUCAAAAUAAACUUUUACAUAGAUGUCAA